GGCUGCAGCUCCCGGCGUGCCCCGCACUCGCCGCUGCCCGCCCGCCCCUCCCUCUCCUACCAGUGCUACAGAGCCGGAGUCCGAGCCGCCGCCGCAGCCACAGCCGCGGGCACUAUGGCUUCUGGAGUUACAGUGAAUGAUGAAGUCAUCAAAGUUUUUAAUGAUAUGAAAGUAAGGAAAUCUUCUACACAAGAGGAGAUCAAAAAAAGAAAGAAAGCCGUUCUCUUCUGUUUAAGCGAUGACAAAAGACAAAUAAUUGUAGAAGAAGCAAAGCAGAUCUUGGUGGGUGACAUUGGUGAUACUGUAGAGGACCCCUACACAUCUUUUGUGAAGUUGCUACCUCUGAAUGAUUGCCGAUAUGCUUUGUACGAUGCCACAUACGAAACAAAAGAGUCUAAGAAAGAAGACCUAGUAUUUAUAUUCUGGGCUCCUGAAAGUGCACCUUUAAAAAGCAAGAUGAUUUAUGCUAGCUCUAAAGAUGCCAUUAAAAAGAAAUUUACAGGUAUUAAACAUGAGUGGCAAGUAAAUGGCUUGGAUGAUAUAAAGGACCGUUCAACACUUGGAGAGAAAUUGGGAGGCAAUGUAGUAGUUUCACUUGAAGGAAAACCCUUAUAAAAUGACAGUCAAGUGCCAUCUGGAUCUUAAGGAGCUUCCAUUUCUCCAGCUCAAUCAAUUGAAAUAGUAUUAGGUGUUUUGUUUUGUUUUCUUUCUCUUCCCACUGGGUCCUUCCAAUACAGUGAAUGAAGGAAAUACCAUUCAUGUAAGCAACCUAUCAGUGAUUGCCAUUAGACUGUUUAAAUACUGUUACUUCAAUGUAGAAUCCAAGGAAUGCCUUCCCAUCAUAUUUUAGCCAAAACAACUGGUUAUAUGCCUCCCUUGCAGCAAGCACUACAAUGAAAGUGAUUGUCAAUGUGAAUAGCUUAGAAUACUGCAAAGGGUAAGCUGAUUGGAUGCCUUGAAAGUAUUAUCCACUGGUCAGAUGGUAAACUUUAUUCAGUAUUAUUAUUUAUAGUUGCACUUGAUUGCAGUUCUGUGAGGCUCAAGCAUUCAUACACCUCACCUGCCUUGGCAAGCCUAUUUUUGUGACAUGGCAGCACAGAUAUAACACUAUGCAUUGAAAGCACUUUUUUUGUAAUGAGUUUAACCUCCCACCGCUCCCCCCAAAGGAAUGCCAAUUAAGUUUUGUUAACUGUGUCAUCCACUUAUCCUAGUACCUCAGUAUUCAUUCCUGUUACCUGCAUAUCUUAAAAGAAAUAGCUGUUACUAAUGCCUCUUCAUUUUCCAUUGAGUGUACACUACUGAAUAAGUGUAGGAGUUUAUGUUUACCAUGUAAGUUUUGCAACACUAAAAGUAUUUUGAAUAUCAGUCAUGAUGGCAAUUUCUGUAUAAAAGAGCCUUAAAUGGAACAUUGUUUUUGAGAUCAAACCCCACCCUCACAAUAAUGGCCACGUUGCAAUAAAAAUUGUGGCAUAUUACAGAA